AUGGCAUCUUCUAUUGAAGUCGGAGGCUCGUGGUCAACGAAUGAAGAUAUUGCGUUGUGUCAAUCUUGGGUGAACAUUAGUCAUGACCCUAUCACGGGUAAUGAGAUGAAGUUUCAUCACAUGUGGAGCAAAAUUCAUGGAGAAUUUUGUCAAAGAUCGGGUUCUAUUCGGACCGAAAUGGCAUUGUCUAGUAGAUGGAAACUUCUGAAUAAAGAGUUAGGGAAAUGGAGAAAUGCCUUGACAAAAGCAAAGGCGAACAUUCAAAGCGGUCAAAAUUUGACCGAUGAGUGGCAGCCCUUGCUUGCCCUUGCCUUAGACUUAGCCCUUGUGGGUGGAGAUGCUCUGAGCCCUGACACCCCACACCCAUCCCCGCAGCACCUCCCUUCCGGCACCCUUCUCUUUCUCUCUAUCUUACAUCUGGGUUGGGUGUGCUCUCUGUCUCAAACCCUGCUCCUCUCUCUCUCUUCCCUCGAAAAAGCACAGCCCCAACCCCUCUCUCUCCUAUCCGACACAUCCCAACAGUGGAUCUCCCCCUUCACUAGAUCGAUGGGUGAUAUUGGCAACUCGAGCGACUCAACUCGUGGUAAUCUGGGCGAGGUGGAGUUUGGUUGUGUUGGAGAGGACAGCGGCGAUGGCGGUGGGUUUGUGCUAGAUCGAAAGGCUGUCAGUCAGAGGAAGGUAGGAUGGGGGUUGGUUAGGUGGGAUCAUGGGAGGUGGCUGGUGGUAGAACUAGCAGUCAACAUAACAGAAAACUUGAUGAAAGCUAACGGAAGGACCAUUUUGAUGUGCAUAGGAUAG